AUGUCGAAUUUAAUUAAAUUUGACUUUGCUCCUCUUUUGCCUAAAGGAGGGAAUUAUAUUUCUUGGGUGCUCGAUGCUGAAUUUCAUCUUGAAGCUAAAAAUCUUGGUCACACGAUCAGGAACGGAGAUAGCAUGACAAGUGAACGUGCUUGUGCUGCAGCGGAUCUGCGCGGACACCUCUCUGCAACUCAUAAAGAUGAGUUUAUGGCAUGCCGGGAUCCCCAAGUAUUAUGGGACUCCUUGAAAGAAAGAUAUUAUCACUUAAAGGUGGUCAUGUUGCCAAACCUUAGAAAUGAAUGGAUUCAUUGGAGAUUCCGGGACUUUAAAUCUGUUUCAGACUACAACUCUGCACUGUACAGAAUUACUGCACAAUUACAGUUGUGCGGUGACACGGUCACAGUGUACUAA